UGAAAGUCACAGAUAAAGUAAAAAAUAAAGAUGAUUUAAGAAACCAGACUGGGCUGGGGCAUGGAGAUCCUCAGAUUUCUCAGUACUCCAGUCCCAGCCCUGCAUUUCAGAAAACAGGAGAAUGGGGAUCCAGAAAGUGCAGACGCAAAUUAUCAACAUCCCCUGGUCCAGCGAAAAAGUCUCGUAAGAGAAAGCCAGCUGAUAAAGUCUCCAAUCAGACCAACACUCGCCGUGCUGAUGUGAUAGCGAGGGUAGCGGAGAAAGACCCGGUGAAGGUGCCGUUUGAGGACUGGAAAAUAGAAGAGUUUAUAUGUAUUGAACAAAAUACCUUAAUGUACUGUGAUCUGUUUAAUCUAAAUCGAUCUAUUCCAUGGAUCCAAAACAGAAGUAAUGAGCUGCCUGCGCUAAACAAUAUCAUCCAGUCGCUCCAUGACAGUUCCAGAGAAAAAGAAAUUAAGGAUCACAUAAAAGAUAAACGUUUAUUAAAGUAUGGGCAGUUUGCAUUUUAUUUUUUUAGAAAGAAAGGUGGUAGUUUUAUUCAAUGCUCAGAUGUGUUUUAUCCAAAACAUAAAAUUCAUAGUGAAGAUUUUAUAAUUAAUGAAAUAAAUGAAUUAAUAAAUAAUAAUAAAAUAUAUAAGGACAGUGAGCUGUGGAUCUACACAGUGAAUAGUCCAUGUACGGUAAGGAGUACAAAUCCCCCCUGUAUGAUUCAGUUAACUCAUUUAUCACUUAAGUUAUAUAGUAUAUAUAAGAUUAAAAUGUUCGUUGUUUUUAAGAAACCCUUUAUACCAAACUUCCUUCGUAAAAACCUUCCUUUUCCUUCCUCCCGUACUGCUUCUACACAGUCUGAAAAUAACAAUAACCCAGACACCAGUAACAGAAUUUUUGUAGACUCUAUCAACUCCUCCACAUUUCUUAUGGAAGAUCUAGGAAAUCUAGUAAAGGCAGGAUGUUCUACAAAGAAUUUUGAAGCGUUUAAAAAAAUAUUGUUGAAGUACAGUAAAGAGAAGAAUAAAAAGUGUGGAGUAUGGAGUCGAAAUUCUCAAUACACUUUUGAAGACUUUGAAGACAUAGGGUCAGAGUUAAGUGAAAAGGUAGAAAAUGAAAAACGUAAGGAAUUUCUGGACUGGUGGUCAGAUAACCUAGAAAAAUCAUAUAAUAAUAUUUAUAUAAAUGUUUUACAUUAUAUAUAUAGAAAGGCUCUUCAGCUCUUCAUUUAUGAUUUGCAGAAGCUUUUUCAACAGCUUUUCGAUAAUAAUGACUUUCCAGUAGACUUUUAUGAACUUCCUGAUAAAAAAAAAGAAUAAAAUACGCUGACACAUGCAAAAACACUGUGUCUGUUCUUUUAUUUUAAUUUAUUUAAGCAAUAACACACACACACAUUCACAGAGCGUUAAGUCUUUAUAUUAUAUAUCAUAUUACAGGCUGUAUAUUAAAGGAGUUUAAAAGUGAUAUCAGUAGAGGUGGGCGAUACCGGGAAUUUUGGUAUCAAUCCGAUACCAAGUAAACGCAGGGCCAGUAUUGCCGAUAUCGAUACUGAUACCGAUACUUUUUAAUAUUUAAGCUUUAUAGAUCCAAAUGAUCCAAAAACCUAGGAUAGAAUUUCACCAAACAUUGUAAGUGAUAACAAAAUACUUUAGUAUCACAAUCAACAUUUUUGUUUAGAAACAAUGGAACAGUAA